AUGUCCGCCAACCACAACCCUUCGGCGUUGCUUCUACUUCCCCCGCCUUCAGCCUUUUCUUUUGAGCAAGUCAAGGAGGCCUUUGAACCAUCAUUGGUUGAUGUCCUCACAAGGCUCUCGGGAGGCUCAGAUGAUUCCAAAAUAGCUUUGCUUGAUAUUGCGCUGGUCCUUCCCAUCUCCCCAGGCGGCAAGCCUCGGGCCAAAGUGUUUGCGCAGCUGCAACAAUAUCUGACGAGUGUGUAUAGUCUGGUUGGUGCGAUCUGUGCAACACACAGUAUCGAGCUUGACACUCCAGGUGGUAUCGAUACCCGGGUGGUAUUUGUCGAUUAUACCCAUGAGGAACCCAUCAAGGCCUCUGAUAGCCCACAAUUUGGCCCUGUUCUUGACUUACCAUCACUGGCAAAUUCCGGACGCAGUUGGGAUCACAUCUUCCACCUUUCCAACACGCUUGGCAAAGAUCUGGCCAGUGCUUUUGUGCAAGCUCAAUCUCGGGGCGAUACGAAGGCACGGUUGCAAGCCAUCACAAGCAAUCCUGACUGGACGAUCCCUCAACCCUUGCUAAUUCCUGACAACCAACCAUCCAAGCCGCACUCUUCCGUGAUUGUGGGUGGUACAUUUGACCACCUUCAUCUCGGCCACAAGCUUCUUCUCACAGCCGAAGCCCUCGCUUUGGAGCCACUUGAUCAGGAGGCCCGCUUGAUCGUCGGAGUUACUGGGGAUGCACUGCUGGUCAACAAAAAACAUGCCGAGUUCUUAGAGGAUUGGGAACAGCGCUGGAAGAGUACCUCCUCGUUCCUUGCGGCCAUUAUGGACUUUACCCCGGACAAAUCAUCACCUGAGAUCGAACGUUCCGCUGCGCCUAAAACUGUUAUCGUUAAGAUCCAGCCAAAACUGACAUUCGAAUUUGUGGAAAUCUCAGAUCCCUUCGGGCCCACCAUCACGAAGGAAAACAUUGACGUGAUCGUCGUGUCCCGCGAGACUCGUUCGGGAGGGGCCGCAGUCAACGAAGAGCGGCUCAAGAAAGGAUGGAAGGCUCUGACAGUAUUCGAAGUGGAUGUCCUCCAGUCGGGGGAUGCAGUCACAACCACCGAGGACUUUGAGAGCAAAAUCAGCAGUACUGAGAUCAGACGGCGUCGGGCUCAUCUCGCAAAGGUCUGA